UUUUUUUUUUUUUUUUUUUGUCAUUCAAAAAUAAUUUCAAAAUGAUAUAUUUUUUGAAAGGAAUAAAUUAAGUUAUGUAUUUUAUUAUUUUAAUGUUAUUAAUAUAUAUAUAUAUAUUACUCCUUAGACUUAUGAAUAUAAUUUUGAUGACAUAAUAAAUAUAGCCUUUAUUCCCCAAAUAUUAUUCAUUCAAGUUGUUAUAAAAAAUAAUAAGAAGUAUUUUUCCGAUUAUUGUUCUUAUAGUUGUAUUGAUACGAAUACACUGAAAUAUAUAAUUAAACUAUUUGAAAUUCGUAGUUAGCAUUAUAAAACAUUAUCAAAUAUUUUCCAAAGUAAAUAUAAAAAAAUUAACAAUAAAUUUAUAAAUUUCUAUAUUUCUAUAUUUCUAUUUUUUUUUUUUUUUUUCUUAUUUGUCAUCAUUAAAAAAUAUAAAAUAUUCAAUGAAGAAAAAAAAUUAAUUUUUUAUUAUCAUGAACAAAUAAAAUCAUUGAAAUAUGUUCUACGUCAAAUAAAUAAUAUGGAUUUUAAAAUGAAUGUAGAUCUAUAUUAAUGUAAUAAAAAUAUGUUAUAUAUAUUUAUAUAUAACGUUUUGUACGUUUUUUUUUUUUUUUUUUUAUCUUAUCUUCAACUUUAGGUUUGCAAUAAACUAGGUCAUAAUUUUAACAACUUGUAUAAUGAAUGUAGGAAUAUGUUAAAUUUGAUGAUGAAA